AUGGCAAACGUUUCUGACAGCGUUGUUGCCGAUUCUAUAACCGUUUCUUCAGGCAUUAAACCCCGCAAUCAAACAGCUUGCGAUCUCUGCCGAGCAAGGAAAGUUCGGUGCACCUAUGAGUCGGAUCAUCAGAGAUGUCGUGGUUGUGAGACUCUCGAUGUAGAAUGUACCCAUGUCCGGCCGAGGAGAAAGAGAGGACCUCCAAACAGACAUGUGCAAAAAGCCCAAAGUCUCGCUACUUCUCCUGUCAAUGUUUCAAUAUCGCCAGGCCAGAGUAGCGACAUAUCACUUCACAGCCCUUCAGUACCAACUGGCUGGUUAUCCGCGUUUGCUCCCGAAUCAACCAUCCUGCGCCUCCUCGGAGACUGGUUCCAUGUGAUCCACCCUCUGGCUCCGACCUUACUCCGACGUCGGUUUCUCCGACAGCUCGGUCAAGGCCUCGCUAACACAGACGCGGAAUUCUGCGGUCUUGUCAUUAGUGUUUGUGCGGCUACCAAAGCCACGCUACCACGGCAUGAUUAUGGCCAAAUCACCGUUGACUAUUGCGUCGACUUCCUUGAUGCCCAUGGGCUGUUAAAAAGUCGAUUCGCUCGAGACUCAUUCAGCAUCAACAGAUGCAUCGCGUUGUACAACAUGGGUACAGCCAUGAGCGCUACGGCGAAAUCAGGCUUGGGCAGCAUGCGCUCCUAUCACGCUUUGAGCGAAGCAGCUGCUGGCGCACGCUAUUUAGCAUACUAUCAUACACACGAGCACGACGAAGUUGAACAACAGCUUCUAAGAAGACUCAUAUGGUUAUUGUUUGCUAGCGCAUGCAGCGCGGAUAUCUUCGGGAGGCUCCCCAUCAGUCUGCUCAGUCAGGAUCGGAUGGAGAGCUUUCCCCGACCUCUUCCUUUGACAGAUGAUCAGAUGGAGCCUCAAUGCAUAAACACUAGUGAGCAUGAUCAAGACUCAGCAUGGCAUGGUGAUGACACAUCCUAUGUCCCUGGGCUUAACUCGUUGAGCGACCUUUUCCUCAUCUGGCAGCAAGUACAGCAAAAUCCCCAAACAACGGAACCCCAGACUUGCAUCAUGAGGUAUUUGGCCAAGGUGCAGGACGUUCUAGAUAAUCUUCCGCCCGAGCUUCGAUGGCGCGGCGGUUUAUCUCGUCCCAAACAUGUCACAGAAGGACAUGAUGUUCAAAUCGCCAAUCUAUUCGUGACAAGCCUCAAUAUCCGAUCAAAUAUUCUGCAAAAAUUCGGCCCAACCAACGAGAGCGCUCAAGAACAUCAGAGAAUAGUGGACGAUCUACUAGAGAUUCUAUAUCACUUGCCACAUGCUGUCUUUGACGCGAAUGGCAGUAGCUUAGUCCCCAAGAUCCGGGACAUUGGAGCCGCUUUUCUUGAACAGACUCAGCUUGGGAAUAACGUUGGUCAAUUGGAAAUGGAGGCUGCGAGGACUAAAUUGGAACGGCUACUAAGGAAACUAGAUGAUCUAGACUGUUGGCAGGGAAUUGGAGAAGUUGAUCUUCCCCCACUGAGAGUUUAA